GUUUUGGCACGAGGAGGAGGGUUUCGCCAGAGCUGGGAGGGCGGUUGGUCAAAAUGGAGUGGGGUAACGCCGGUGUCUUUAGGCUUUGUGCAGAAUGAGUCAUUUUUAAGAGGGGCUACCUGAUGGUUUACCCACAUUGCGAAACAGUUUCUGUUGCCUGUCAAGACAACCUCCGGAAGGCAGGGUGGUCACUUCCAGCAUGUGAUAGGUGCCUAAGGAGUUUUUGUCUCUGUUACACUGCGAUGCUAAACCACGCAAUGAGUUCUGGUCCUAGCAGGAAGGAACAGGCAACCAGUGAAGUAAUCUGAAGUUACUGGAUUUUGCACGUUUUGAUGUCCACGAUGGCAACGCAAGCAAGAUUUUAAAUACAUAGAAUUGUCGUAACAUUCCAGGUUUUUUCAGACUGUCAAUUUAUAAGUUGCAAAUGUGUAAAAUGGCUGUGUCUUUAGUGCCAGCACACAUUACAGGAAGAAACAUAGUGAGCGGGGCCCGAGUUUAAAGUAUGCUGUAAGAGCUUAUUAAUUUUUAAUUAAUAUCAGCUUCCAGUUUCAACAAGUUGAGUGUAGAUGUUGGUGUAAUCUAGGUAAUUAACAGUGAGAGAUGCUAACCUGUGGUAAAAAUACUCUGUUUUAGCCUGUAAUGUAAGGACCCGGUAUUCCCUCAGUGCAUUAAUGUGCAAAGAUAAUUAAGAGAUUUCCCGUUUACCAUCUUUUAUCUAAGACACGUGUAUUAAAUUGCAUUAAUCUUUCUUCAGAGAUAAUAUAAUCUAUUGUUUUUGCCAUUUAGAUGUUCUUUGUAAUUUGUCAAUGUUGCAUUUCUUUUAUAGUCAAAUGAAAGAAAACUCUGCACAGUACUCCCAAGUGUGAGAUUAGCGAAGCUGGUGUAAAGAGGAAUUAUUACCUCUCUGGCUUUAAAAAUCAAACCUGGUGUAGACAUGACUUCUACAUACAGCAUUUGCUCUCUUGAAAUAGUACGAACUCUUGUCUAACACGUGCGUUGCCAGGGACAGCUCAGGGAUGAAAUAUGCCAUCUUUCGGUUUUUUCUGUGUCUAAUAUCCGUUGUUAUGUUUUUACACACAUCCUUCACUUUGCAGCCCCUCCAAAUCCCCAGUAUUUUUCUGUGUAUUUCCCACCUUUUCUCAGCAGUCUGGUUGGUGGAUAACUACAUAACUAUGUCUUGUUUCUGCUCUCAUGGGAUGAAAUUGUGAAUACUGGGGAGCUGCAUUUGCAAAAACAACUAAAAUGAAUAGGUACAAUAAUCAUUAGCGGGAUGGGUUGCUUGGAAGCUGGAAAAUAGAUUUGUAUACAUAAACUCCUUGUAAAAAGAGGCAAAAUAGACUGAAGGGAUGUAGUGCUUUUGAAUGCUUUAGUUUAAUUAGUGCCUGUUCCCAUGAAAUCUGUACAGAAACCAUAAGACAUUUUCCUUUAUCAAGGUUUGUUGUGUUUGAAAGAAGGAGAUAGUGAAUUACAGUCUUAGAAGGCCUUCUGUUUUUAUAGCACGAAGGGAAGAAAGGUUAAUCGUAAUGGAAAAAGGGAAUUUGCCCAUAUAAUUGGAAUAGUUGUCAAUUAAAUAAUGAUCUGAAUGGGAGAGAUUGUAAAUAAUAUGAUGGGCUCUAACAUAUUUUGAAAGAAGGUAGCAUCUGUCUCUCCUAGGAAGGGUUUAUUCCAGGUCUAGUCCGAGCUGGCGCUCUGGAGUCCUGUCUGUCUUGUAACACUGGAGGUAACAUUUCCGUGGCCCUUUGAGCUGGUCCGACCUGGGGCUCUUGCAGUCUUACAGCCCCCCUGAGCCAGCGCUGGCUUCAUGUUAACAGGCAGCCACUUGGUUUGGGGAGAUGAGCAGACUGAAAAGUACGCUUGCAAGAGUGGCUGGCGUCUGGCUGGACGAGCCCUGGGGCUCGCCUGGCUCCCCAGCAGUGCCGGCUGGAGAGGCGGCCGUGGAGCAGAGAGGGACGGGUCUGCGUGGGGCAGGGGACGGGAGGGCAGAGCUCAGGCGGCCCCGGGAGAGGCCGAGGACGGGAUCCGGUCUGGAAGUGCAAAAUGGGCAUGGAGGCAUAGGACAGCACCUCACAACCUCACUGUACGUUCAUAGUGUGUUGCUUUUUGUUUCUACCCAAACCCUUAACGCUCUCUGUGCUAGUCUGUGGUGGCUGCUGAAGGUCCUGGUAUUUAAUAGCGCCAUUUCAGUCCAUUUAAUGGUAUCUUGACAGAAAAAAAUUAUGAUAUGAAAGAAACCAAAUAAAAGAAGUAGAAGGCUGCUGCCUGGGAGGAGGAUAAUAAGAUAUAUUUAAAAGAAACCUUUAUUAAGCUUCAGUUUAGCAUAACUAUACCUGUAUGAAAGAAAAUGAACAAUAUACAACAGGCCAAAGAUGCUGCCAGAGAUUGGAAGGUAUAGUUGUGUAGGCAAAAACGCAGAUCUCUUAAAAAUAAUCAAGCAGUUUGGGGGACGGGGGCAGUUUUCCACAUAAACUUUGCAUGUACAUGAACUGCUUUGCUCCAGAGCUGUUUAUCUUGAUGCUUUGCAUAGGCCUGAGUCUGCAUUUUUAUCUUUUUUUUUUUUUUUUUCCGAAGUUAAAUCCCUUUAAUUGGAAAUCGGCUUGACCUGUGGUGGUUGCUGAAGAAAUCUCUCUAUAUCAUCCGGCCCUACUGAUCUGUAUUUAAUGUAAUUCUUUCACUAGCUUAUUAUCCUUCAACCUCCUGAGCAAUUUUUCAUUGGUCUUUUAACUCUGCACGAUUCUUAAUGCUUCUUUUAAAAUGCCAAAAGAAGAGUUCCUAUUUGUAUUGUAGUCCUGAUGCUUGUUUAUCCUUCUUUUAUAAUAGUUUUCUCUUUCCUCUUACUUGUUACAAACUACUAAAUCCUAUAUUGCUUUUAACUCUUUAGAAGUAAUUUACCUUCACUUGUAUCGUUUAGACUAAUACAUUUUUAUAAAAGCUGUAUGCUCUUCCCUGUUUCUUCCUACUUACUUACUUUUGAGCCAGUUGGCCAACGUCAGCCAAAAUUGACAACGUGGCGUCAGUGUCAAAGAUAUCAAAUUUUUACAGGUUUUAUGAAAAUCAUCAAGUUGGUAGAGGGGGAAUGACCCAAAUUAAUGGUUCUGCUAAUGGAAAAUCUGCAGCAUGAUUUCAAGUUAUCUGCUCCAUUAGACGUGACUUAAACUGGCCAGCUAGUUGAUGUACAGCUCUGAACCAGCCGGCGGUUAUGCUUCUCUUCGACAAGCUGAUAGGGAGCACAGCUGGGUUUGACAACAGUGCUGUAAGAGCUCCGGGUUGUGGCCAGAGGGAGCCCGGAGUUUGCAGUGCUGAUGUGAAGUUGUGAAGGAUGCGUAUGUGAGAUAAGUGAUUUGUACCUGAUCUUGAAGUACCCCAGGCUGAAUGAUUCUUGAAAUUGAGCUCUGUAAAGCCGUAAUUGCCAUGGAGCAGCCUUCAAACCAUGCUAGUCAGUGAAAUUUUGAGUUAGAAGCUGGUGUAUGUGCUGGUCUACCUACACAUGAUACCAGGGCUUGACAGCAGAGAGCUUGAGGUGGAUCCAGCAUAUCGUCUUAUGCAUUCCCUUCUGCACUGAAUGUCAGGAGUAAUUCAUGUUGUUGACAGCUAUGUCAACAUGUGAAACUGAAUGAAGGACAGGAACUAAACAAAAAGCUAAUAAUAGAAGAGGAAGAAAGUGAGAAGUGAACGCUUUGUUGGUAAACUUUCUUGCUGUCACGAGUAAGAGGGUCAAAUAGUGCAGCCUGUCCUUAUCUGUUACCACAAGCGCCUUCUUGUUGGCAACGUUCAAGCGAAAGAGAGCUGUUUGUACAUCUCUGUGCGUUUUGUGAGUACGGGAAAGAAGCAAUUUACCCAAGAAACACGCACAGUGGAUUUAUGUAGAGGCAUACAAAAGUCACUUUGAUUCAUCUCCAUUUGUCUAAUUAUUUACCCUACUUUAACCUUAUGCUUCCAAAAACUCUAUUAAGUAUGGUCUCACUUGUACCCAUUGCAAGCAUUAAAUAUGUGGUUUGUCUGCCAGGCAAUGUGAGGCAUUAUGUUAGUUGUUUUUUGAUGCGUCUUCUGUGAUGGAAGAGUCACUUUUGUUGGUUCAGUGAUUACCACAGUAUGUAUCCUGUGAUAAACUAUCUGGCAACUCCAGUACAGGCUGUUGAAGAAACAUUUAUUGUAUUUUGAGACAUGCAUAGUCAUCCCUGUUUUGGCCUCUAACAGGUUAUGGGCUUUACUCCUUAUUCUUCCCUAGUGAAGCUGAUGAACAAGUUAAUCAGAAGGCCAGCUUGUGAGAAACAGUUUGUGGUACUGGAGGAUGUAAAUUCUGGAGUGCUGUGUUACUGCCCAAGUGUGUUGUGUACUGCUAGCAGAAAUCGGAGAAUACGUCUCACAUUUCGUUGUGUGUUGGUAAAUCUAACAGUUUAUAUCACACAGGUAUGGAGCGGCUGCUAAAUAUGGGACAAGCAUACGUAAGAGGAUCUUUAUUAGUAGAGAAUAUGAUACAACCCUUCUGUGUCCUGAAGACAACAUUCAGCUAUCAGUAUUUCUUCACCAUUGUAAAUAGAAAAUUUUAGUAAAGAGAUUUACCUUUAAUUUGGCUCUUUCUAAUUGUUAAACCUGCUUGUUUGUUUUACUUGUGAUUUGGUGUAGGCUGUGUAAAACACAUCAGUAUCCUUAACUAUUAGUAUGUUUUGUGUUGAUUUUUUUUAGGUGGCCUGGCAGUACACAGAUCUGGUACAUUUUGUGUUUAUCUGAAUUGUUACAUAAAUGAAAAUAUUUUCUCUUAUCAGAAGUAAAAUGCUUUCUAUGGAGACUUCUGCUUCUGAUGCCAGGACUCUCUUGAAAACUUACUUUGUUGCUUGGCUUAAAGGAAGAUGAUGUCAUUAAUGAAUUCUGAGCAUCCUUCAGGAGGCUGGUGACCCUUCUAUCAUUGGUGAAUGCUGUCAUGGACAACUUCAAAGGCUCUUUUCCAAAACACCACAAGCAGUUAGUGCACGUUAUGAAGGACUCCCGACCUUUCUCAUCUUCCUAAGUCAUACCUAGAUGUCACCAGUGUUUCCCAUGUUAACAGUUCUGAGCAUGUUUUACUAUAUGUGCCUUCGGCGCCGAGCUAGGACAGCGACGAGAGGAGAAAUGAACAGCCGGAGGGCUAUUGAAUCAAACACCCGAGCCUUACCUAUCAACGUUGAAAUAGUUCAGUAUGCCAAAGAAGUGUUGGAUUUCAGCUCUCACUAUGGUAGUGAAAACAGCAUGUCCUAUACCAUGUGGAACCUAGCAGGUAUUCCAAAUGUGUACCCUAGUUCUGGUGACUUUACUCAGACGGCCGUCUUUCGAACUUACGGGACCUGGUGGGAUCGCUGCCCUAGCGCUCGGCUGCCCUUCAAGAGGACGCCACCCACCUUCUGUAGCCAGGACUAUGUGGAACUUGCUUUUGAGGAACCAGUUUAUCCCACUGCAGUGCACAUUCUGGAAACGUAUCAUCCGGGAGCUGUGGUCAGGAUUUUGGCAUGCUCUGCAAAUCCUUACUCACAAAAUCCACCAGCUGAAGUAAGAUGGGAAAUCCUUUGGUCUGAGGCACCUACAAAGGUGAAUGGUCCUCAGGCUCGGCAGUUCACACCUUGUAUCAAACAGAUAAACUUUCCCACAAACUUAAUCCGACUGGAAGUGAACAGCUCUCUUCUGGACUAUUACACUGAAUUGGAUGCAGUAGUACUACAUGGUGUGAAGGAGAGACCUGUGCUUUCGCUUAAGGCUUCGAUGAUUGAUAUGAAUGAUAUUGAUGAAGAUGAGGAUGAAGAAAAAUAUGGCUGUGGAAUGGACACCCUUAAUAAGCAGUUCAGUGUUGUCACCCUCAGGGAAUGGCCGACUAACGGAUAUUUUGAUAAACUGCCUUAUGAGCUCAUCCAGUUGAUUUUGAGUCACCUUACAGUACCAGACCUGUGUAGACUAGCGCAAACUUGUAAGCUGCUAUAUCAACAUUGCUGUGAUCCUCUACAGUACAUUCAUCUCAGUUUACAACCUUACUGGGCAAGGAUUAAUGACACAUCUCUGGAAUACCUACAGUCUCGCUGCACUCUCAUCCAGUGGCUGAAUUUAUCUUGGACUGGAAACAGGGGAGCCAUCUCUGUUUCUGGAUUUAGCAGGUUCUUGAAAGUUUGUGGCUCUGAACUAGUACGUCUAGAGUUGUCUUGUGGCCAUUUCCUCAAUGAAACAUGCUUGGAGGUCAUUACUGAAAUGUGUCCAAAUCUUCAGGAAUUAAAUCUCUCAUCAUGUGAUAAAAUACCACCUCAGGCUUUCAACCACAUAGCCAAAGUGGGCAGCCUAAAACGUCUCAUUCUCUACCGAACAAAAGUGGAGCAAACAGCCCUGCUCAGUAUUCUGAACUUCUGCUCGGAGCUGCAGCACCUCAGCCUGGGCAGCUGCGUCAUGAUUGAAGACUAUGAUCUUAUAGCAAGCAUGAUGGGAGCAAAAUGCAAAAAGCUUCGCAGUCUGGAUUUGUGGAGAUGUAAAAACAUAACUGAAAAUGGAAUAGCAGAAUUGGCUUCAGGCUGCCAGCUUUUGGAAGAACUUGAUCUUGGCUGGUGCCCUACAUUACAGAGCAGUACGGGCUGUUUCACAAACCUUGCACGUAAACUCCCAAACUUGCAAAAGCUCUUUCUUACAGCCAACAGGUCUGUGUGUGACACAGACAUUGAGGAGCUUGCGGCUAGCUGUACGCGUUUACGGCAACUGGAUAUAUUGGGGACGAGGAUGGUAAGCCCUGCAUCUUUAAGAAAAUUGCUGGAGUCUUGUAAAGAUCUUUCUUUACUCGAUGUGUCCUUCUGUUCACAGAUUGAUAAUAGAGUUGUCCUAGAACUGAAUGCCAACUUCCCUAGUGUGUUCAUAAAAAAGAGUUUCACCCAGUGACUCCCUACAUAUGCUGCUGUGGAAUUUGUUUGACAGAGUUGUUUCCUGUGAAUUUGUGCUGACUUUUUUUGAGAAGAAUAUAAAUCCCCUAUGAAAUAGUGGAAAGUAUUAAUUAUCUACACAAAUGGGUAAAAUACGUUUAAAUAUAUUAUGCAUUUCUUAAAGAGUUGAUAUUGUACCUAAGAAUUGUUUUACUCUGUGUUAAUUGGUGGCACUGCAUGUUUUUAAAUACCAGCCAUAUGUGUGGCUUUAAUGAGAAGAAAAUUAAUAAUGUCUUCUUAAAUGUCCCUUUAUAGGGUGUUACACACAAUAAGCUAUGUUAAUAUCCAGGUAAAAGCAGAAGUUCAAUAUUUAGCAGUAAGAAAGAGACGGGUGCUUCCUCUUUAUGUAUAUGUGUUUGUGUGUGUAUAUAUAGAUGUAUACAGAUCUAUUUGUAUAUACAUACACAGAUACUGUAGCAUUCUAGUUUGGCCUGCAACAUAAGAUCUUAUGAUCUGGCCUAUAAUCAGUUGUUUGAAAACCUGUUUAAGCUUGUAUAAGAAUGGAUUGAAAAGACACUUUGUCGUCUUCAGUUUUGUGGCAAUGAAUUCUAUCUGAUACAUUUUUUUUUCUUCCUUCCUCCACCUGAAAUAGAUGUAGUGAUGUUUUACAGUCCAGCCUAAGCAACACAACAGAUAAAUGCAAGAACCUUUCACCUGAACUUAGAACAGAAACAAAAGAGAAAAUUGGCAUCUGCUUCUUGGUAUUGGAUAUAAAGUUUGAGUCAGGUACUUAGUGUUGUAACUGGUAAUGUGUAGAAAACUCCAGAGCAAUUUUCUUUUCAAAUUUCUGUCAUGGUCAAGACUUGAUUUGUGAUACAUCUGGUUAUCAUGCAGAGUACCAUAAAAAAUAGAACUUAGGGUAAUGCAUUAGCAACUGUCCCUUACACUGGCAUCAAAUCUACUGUCAAGUGUAAAACCAAACAUCUUUGUUCAGUAAAACAGCAAUGAAAAUAUAGUGGGUUUGAAACAAGGGCAAUAUGAUUUGGUGAUUUAAUAAUCACCAAACCUUAGUAUUGUAUUUGUUUUGGUUUGGGGUUUUUUUGUUUUUCCAGGAGGUGAUGGGUCAAAGUACUAUUGCACUCUCUCUUUUUAACACUGAUGGACAAAUUCUAGAGGUUUCUUCCUUUUGCACUUCCUUGGAUGAAGUUUUUCUCUUUUUUUUUUUUUCUUGUAUGUUGUUAUGUACAGCUUCAGUUUAGAAUUUUACCUUUUAGCUAUUGUUGAUGAAUAUGGACCAUGAAAUAUAGCCUGUCAUUUGAUAUUGGUUCCACUGUUCUUGUACUGAUGGCACUUAUUACCUACUGGAAUAAGAAGAAAAAUAUUUUGUCUGGCGAAGUACAUUACUGCACUGAAGAUCACUGGCAAAGAAUACCAGUUUAUGCAGUAAAUAACCGACCACUACUAGAGGACUGCUACGAAUCAUUAAAGAUUUGACGAUCUCUGUGACUCCUGAAUGAACACUUUGAACUCUUUGUGCUGGUGCCAAUACUUUAUAAACCAUGUCAUGAAACAGCUACAGAACAUUUAUCUGAUUUUAUAGAAAGACCUUUCUCUUCAGAUUUUUAAAUUUUACAGAAUCUUUUGGGAAUUCCAGAUCCAAAGAAGGGCAUGCAGAGUUGGCUUUUUGAUUUUUUCCUCCACACAGAUGGCACUAUGGGAUUUCCAACUAGAUUAUGCCAUUCCUUUUUUUUUUUUCUCUUUCCCCAGAAAACUGGACAUUGUCAGAGAUCUUUAGAUUGAUUUACUUUUUUUUUUUCCACACUAACAGAUGUCAGCUUUGGUGUGAUUCUGUGUGAGACCUCAUUUCUUUCAAUCAGGUUUGGGUUGAUCUAUUUUUCUGGGAACUUAACUUCUGACUUUUUUAUCUACAAGUAAUAUUUUUCAUUGUAAUUGAGUAUUAAACAUUGUUCUAGUUAUAGGAGAACACAGGUUCAGAUAAUGGGAGUUUACAAAGAACAGUAUUUCAAAACAAAUGUCUGUUGUGAAAUUUCACUUCUCAGGGUGCAUCUGUGUUUAUCUCCUUUUUUUUCUUAGAGAUCCUUCUUGUUUGUUUAGAUACAGAUUACAGAUUCUGUAAAUAGAAUGGGAUGUGGAUGAAGUGAUAGCCAUUGUGCCUUCAAACUGGUAAACUUGGUAAAUAAUACAGUUUCACUUCCACAGCAUCCGUGAAUCAAAUAAGUAUUUUUGUAAUCAUGUCUGUGUAAAGGAUUUCAUUCUCUAUUGCUUUUUAGGUAGUAUAAAGGAGGUUUAAAUUGACAUUUUGUUCAUAGUAAAGGAUUUUUUUUUUCUUA